CACAUAGUCCCCUAAGUGUUCGGCAAAAUUCCGCAAAACCAGUCGGGAAUGGAAAGCUGAAACUGUGAAUAUAGAUCAAAUGAGGUUGCAAGUUAGUUAAAAACGACUGGACUCUUAAAAGCUCCCAGGCCCCAACCCCAUCUUCCCUCAAAUAAUACUUAUUCCUUUGCCUCCAUUAAAGCUUUCGAGCAGCCCUGCCGACCAAGGUGGGCUUGGCUGCUAAACCCCAGAAGAAGACGAAGGAGUUGCUCCUUCAUCCUCUCUGAUCCUCUCCCCUCAGGUUUCAAUAAAAAAUAAUGGGAGAGGAGCAAGAAAAUCUCAAAUUAUCAUCAUCUUCAGAGGUAGAAGAGAUGGAUGAAGAGAUGGAUGAGCUAAAGAAGCUAGAGCUUGUAGGGCCAAUGUGGAAGAACAAGAAGAGGCUUUCAAAGCAGCUUUCAAUGUGCAUGACGCCACGCGAUAAGGCUUGGGAGAGGCGCCGCAAGACACUCCGGCGGAGAAAUGGGUUUGAGGAAUCGGAUGCCGGCUUUAUUGGGUUGACAGAUGAGGAUCUUUGUGAGCUUAAGGGGUCUAUUGAACUUGGAUUUGGGUUCAAUGAGGAAGAUGGGCAGAGCCUCUGUAAUACAUUGCCUGCUCUUGAUUUGUAUUUUGCUGUUACCAGGCAGUUCUCUUCUUCUUCUUGCUCGUCCUUGGACACUACCGGUCAUAAACACACGGGUAAUUCGCCUAGCCCUGUGUCUACUCCAAGGGGUUCUGCUAGAAGCCCCACUUCAUCUUUUGGGAGCCCAAGGAGCGAAUCUGAUUCUUGGAAGAUCCGCAAUCCAGGAGAUAAUCCUGAACAAGUAAAGACAAAGUUGAGGCACUGGGCACAAGCCGUAGCUUGUGCUGUGAGGCAAUCUUAUUGAAGGGCAUGAGAAGUGGGAACAAGAUCCUCUCAAGUGCGAUAGUCCUUCUAGCACACAUCGAACAGUUGGAAGGCAUUUUAUAUGUGUGCUG